UUAAUAGUUGCCAAGGAGAUGACAUAAACAGCGAGCUCUCCUCAACUCCACAAGGCUCCGUCCGAGCCCAGCACGGUCAUGUGAGAGGCAGAAAGAAAGAGAGGGAAGAGUAUGAAGCCAAUACCCUAACCAACACUGAAUGACCGCAACUUUCAGAAACACUGAACCAGGACAUACAUCCUCCUAGAAGAACCAGACGGCUAUAUUUGAAGUGGUCAUCUCCCACAGAGGGGCGCGCUCUGGGCCCUGCAUCGUUGUCUUCCGCGGCGCCAUGGCCCCUGUACCGAGGAGCCGGUGCGGCAGCCCUUCGUAGCUCUCUCUGCGGUGCGACCCGCCGUAGCUGCGCCCGUGGGUGGGGGCGCGGGGCGGGGGGGUUGAGUGGCUGUUUAAGAGCAGCAGCAGCAGCAGCAAUAAGCACCCGGCGGUUGUUGGCGGCACAAUCCCCGACAGGAUGUUCUCGUCGUCCCACAUGAACGGCUACGGGAACCCGGGUUUGUCAGAGCAGGGCAACCAGCCGCCGCACAGGGAGCGGGCGGUGGACUGCCCCGGGGACAAGGAGGGCGGGGACGGCAGGCCCUCGCGCUGCGGCGCCCAGAUGGAGAGGAUCCAGCACUACCAGGAGGAGCUGAGGAAGAGGAGGGAGGAGGAAGGAGGGGGAAGGGCCCGCCACGAGGUGGACCCCGACGCCUCGCUGCGCCUCAAGAAGCUCUCGCAGAACCCCAAGGUGGGCAUCGACAACCCCACCUUCGACGGGAAGGAGAGGCUACCCGAGCACGGCCCCCCCGAGCACGGGCCGGACCCCGCAGCCGAGCUGGAGGAGAUGCUGCAGGCCCUGCGCUGGGCCAAGCAGUGUCUGACAGACGCUCAGAGCCAGCAGGACGUGGCACUGGUGCUGCAGCUGCUGUCCAAGGAGGAGUUCAGGACGGCCCACAGUGUGCACAGUGCCGUGUCCCGUCAGAUGAGCCGUGCGGGGCCAACGGCGCCCCUCACCGCCCAGGCCCAGGGCCUCUGCCAGGAGGUGCAGAAGAUUCUCCAGUCCAGCCACCAGAAGGAAGGUGUGGAGCUCCGCACUUUGCUCACCACCCCUCACGUAAAGGCCCUGAUGCAGGCUCAUGAUGGCAUCGCGGUGCAGGAGCUGAACGAGGAUAAGGAGCCAGAAGUCCAGUACAUGGGGGAGACGGUGAAACUGGUGCGGCUGGAGAAGACCCUGGACACCCCUCUGGGCGCCACGGUGCGUAACGACAUGGAGAGCGUGGUGGUGAGCCGCGUGGUGAAGGGCGGCGCGGCGGAACGCAGCGGCCUGCUCACCGAGGGCGACGAGAUCCUGGAGAUCAACGGCGUCCCCGUCCGCGGGAAACACAUCAACGACGUGCACGACCUCAUCCAACAAAUGCACGGCACUCUGACCUUCCUGCUCGUCCCCAGCGCCCAGUCUAAGCCUCCUGCACACAGACAGACAGUGAUGCACAUCAGGGCCUACUUCGACUACGACCCCUCCGAGGAUCCCUUCGUGCCGUGCCGCGAGCUGGGCCUGUCCUUCCAGAAGGGGGACAUCCUCCACAUCAUCAGCCAGGACGACCCCAACUGGUGGCAGGCCUACCGGGACGGGGACGAGGACAACCAGCCCCUCGCCGGGCUGGUCCCGGGCAAGAACUUCCAGCAGCAGAGGGAGACUUUGAAGAAAACGGUGGUGGACAAGGGCCGAGAACAGCCGGGGAAGCUUUGGUACGCCAAGAAGACCAAGAAAGCCAGGAAGAAGGACCUACAUAACUUGGACAGUAAUACAGAGUACGAGGACAUCCUGACCUAUGAGGAGAUGGCCCUCUACCACCAGCCCGCCCACCGCAAGCGUCCCAUCGCUCUGAUUGGUCCCCCAAACAGCGGGCACGACAACCUGAGGAGGAGGAUGCUGACCAUCGAACCAGACAAGUUUUCCAGCGCUGUACCGCACACCACCCGGGGCCCGCGGAUACACGAGCGCAACGGGCGUGAGUACCACUUCGUCAGCCACGCCGCCUUCCAGGCGGACCUGGUGGCCGGCAAGUUCGUGGAGUCCGGGGAGUUUGAGAAGAACCUGUACGGCACCAGCACCGACUCAGUCCGCCACGUGGUCAACACCGGGCGCAUCUGCCUGCUCUCUCUGCACACCCGGUCGCUGCGGGUGUUGAGGUCCUCCAACCUGAAGCCCUUCGUCAUCUUCAUCGCUCCUCCUUCCCAGGAACGACUGCGCACCCUGCUGGCCGCCGAGGGGAAGACACCAAAGCCCGAGGAGCUGAAGGAGGUGAUCGAGAAGGCCCGUGAGAUGGAGCAGAGCUACGGACACCUGUUCGACGCCGCCAUCGUCAACGGCGACCCCGACACGGCGUUCCGCGAGCUGCGCCGGCUCAUCGAGAAGCUGGACACCGAGCCCCAGUGGGUGCCAACGUCCUGGCUGUGCUAGAGCCCCAGAGGGGGCCCACCUCCUGGCUGUUCUAGAGCCCCAGAGGGGGCCCACCUCCUGGCUGUGCUAGAGCCCCAGAGGGGGCCCACCUCCUGGCUGUUCUAGAGCCCCAGAGGGGACCCACCUCCUGGCUGUGCUAGAGCCCCAGAGGGGACCCACCUCCUGGCUGUGGUAGAGCCCCAGAGGGGACCCACCUCCUGGCUGUGGUAGAGCCCCAGAGGGGACCCACCUCCUGGCUGUGCUAGAGCCCCAGAGGGGGCCCACCUCCUGGCUGUGCUAGAGCCCCAGAGGGGGGCCCACCUCCUGGCUGUUCUAGAGCCACAGAGGGGGGCCCACCUCCUGGCUGUGCUAGAGCCCCAGUGGGUGCCCACCUCCUGGCUGUGCUAGAGCCCCAGAAUGCUGAGGGGUCUCUGGGCGUUGUCGGGGUAAUGGAGGGGGGGGCAGUGAUGCUGAUGGUGACAGUGUUCAUAGGGGGGGGUUGGGUGGUGACUUGCCCCCUAAAAUAGGGUAACGGAGGGGUGGAUGGGGGGGAAAGGAAGGGUUUGAGGAAAGGAAGAGUUGGUGGUUACGGGGUCACUGCAGUUUGAACUUGAACAAAAUGGAGAGGCCUUCUUCUUGUCCGUAGAGGAGCUGGCUGUCACCAGGAUGUAGCGGGGACAGACGUGUUUCUUGAAUUAGUUUUGGAUAGUCUGUUUGGGGGAUUUCUUUUUUUUCUUUGUCAAACUCCGUGCAAAGCCAUGUUUGGUAAAGAAAACUAGGGACAGUAUUACAAUUGUUACUUUUAUAGUAAUUUAUGAUUGUACAUAUGUAUUUUGUAUAGAGGAGAAAGGGUUAUAUAAUAUCCUAUUGAUGCUUGAUACUUGCUGGGUGCACAAAGUAAAAAUACUUCUGAUCAAGAACACCUUUUUAAAACGGACUUAUCUUCCAAUCAACGAAACCAAAACGAAUGCUAUGCAAUAUAUCGAGGUAAUUUAUCUUCACCAAAGUCAGUAUUAUUUAUUAUUGUAAAAAAUAGCGAUAUUUAUGCAAUGAUAACGAUAUGCCUCAACGUUUUUAGUAUGUUACGGUUGUCUUAUUCUGUCAGAGGUAAAUCAAUUCACUCCCAACAAUAUAAUUAUAUGGGUCUAGUUUUGUUCCUCCACAUGAGGAACUGGUGUUCCCUUUUAGUUUUCUUAAAACAUUGCUGUACUUCGUCUCCACGUUUCCCAAUCAUUUCUGUUGCCAACUCAGGAAAAUAGUGUCAAUAAAUGUGUGAACAAUGGUAAACAAAAUUUGUAUCUGCCUAUAUAUCAGUUAAAUCGACUGUCAAAGUAAAGAUGUGAAUUGUUUAACCCAUCUUUGCAGAAUGAGCAUGGUAGGUGGCAUUUUUACACAGCUUUGAUGAAUGCCCGAAUGUGCUGGUCAAUCACGGCAUUAUACAGUCUGCUUUUUCAUAAAGCAGACUGUUGCCAUGGACAGUUCAAACCUUAGAAUCUUAAUACUAUUUUAUUGAAAUAUUUUUGUAUUGUUAUAUUUUGUGUCCAAUUAUUGAUUUCCUUAGUAGGGAGAAAAUCUAUUUAAAUAAAUAAACCCCUUAAAGCUGA